UUGGCAGCAGUGUGUCACAUGAGGAGGACAUCUUGGGCCGUCAUAUGCUCCUGAUAACUUCCUGUUUACCACUUGUUCGCUGUCUUCAGCUAGAGCAAUAAGACAUUCCCGGAACUGCAGAAUACUGAUGAUAAAAAUUAAACAUAAAGAUGUUUCUAGCGGUUUGUUUCUCUGGGGUGUUGAAUUUGUGGAUGACAUAAUAGGGUCCAGUCGUUUUACGAAGUGAGAAGUCCCGGUCGAUUCCAAUGGAAAGCGUGACUGGGCCGCGAAUCCUCGGCGUUUCCUGAGCCGCUUCGGUGUAGAACCGGGGACGUCUUCACCCUGCUUCGACCGCCGGAUUAACCUGUUCGUCAUCCACUCAGUAUUGUUGUUUUUAACCGGAAUAUCCUAAAUAUACUAUGCUGAAGACUUCGAAAGGGAGGCUGUUGAGUGACGUUUUGUAACUUUUCCUUGGAAGUGAUUAUAAGGAAUCUGUGUUAGCUGGCUGCUUUGCUAGCUCGAUAUCACUUCGGAGGGGGGUUGAACUCUCUGGUGCCCUGAAUUCAGGACGGAUACCCGGCUCCGGCCCCUUCAAGCGGGCGGUCAGGAAGAAACUGACCGGGAAGGGAUGGCCUGGACGGUCGUCCCGACCCCAAGGAGCUGCGGUGUUUGAGAGAGGACGCGUCCGUUUAGAGGCCGCGGCCAUGGCCGGGUCUCCCAGCACGUCGCUCGCUGGGAUAUCUGGCAGGAAGGGCGACGAAAUCGCCGACUUGAUUGACUUGUUCUCGAAAACGCAAUACCGGGCGAAAGAAGUCAGUCCCAGGGUGGAGCGGAUUGAGAAGCGGUGCUUGGAGCUCUUUGGAAGGGACUACAAGUACAGCGUGAUCCAGAACGCGAACGGGGAGGUCUGCGGGCACUACCCCCGGCAGAUCGUGUUCUUGGAGUACGAGAGUGCGGAGCAGAGUAAGGAGAGGUUUGAGAGCACAGUGCAGAUCAGCAAACUGCAGGACCUGGUGAACCGCAGCAAGAUGGCCCGAUGCAGGGGGCGCUUUGUCUGCCCCGUCAUCCUCUACAAUGGCAAGCACAUCUGCCGCUCCUCCACUCUGGCUGGCUGGGGGGAGUUGUAUGGUCGGACUGGCUAUAACUACAUUUUCUCAGGGGGCUCUGACGACACUUGGGGGGAGUCUGAGGAGGUACCAGAGGUUGACAGUGCAGUGCGGAACGGCGAGUCGCAGCUCUUUGAUAAAGUUCGGGGCCUGGACAUCAAGCUCCUUCGCUACCUCUCAGUGCGCUACAUCUGCGACCUCAUGGUGGAGAACAAGAAGGUCAAGUUUGGCCUAAAUGUCACCUCCUCCGAGAAGGUGGACAAGGCUCAGCGCUAUGCAGACUUCACCCUGAUAUCUGUGCCUUACCCAGGCUGUGAAUUUUUUAAGGAAUACAAAGACAGAGAUUAUACAGCAGAUGGACUGGUCUUUAACUGGAACCAGGACUUUGUGGACGCUCCCUUGACAAUCCCUGCUGCCUUCACCAAGAACUUGAACAUAGACUGGGGUGAAUACCAGUCUUGGGACCUGGUCCAGCAGACACAGAACUACCUGCAGAUGCUUAUUCACAUAAUCAACAGUGACGAUGACAGUGGCCUCCUGGUGCACUGUAUAUCAGGCUGGGACCGGACACCUCUCUUUGUGUCCCUCUUAAGAAUCUCCUUAUGGGCAGACGGCUUGAUACAUGCCAGCCUGGAGCCGGCUGAGAUUCUGUAUCUGACCACCGCCUAUGACUGGUUCCUCUUUGGACACAUGUUGCCAGAUCGACUCAGUAAAGGAGAGGAGAUAUUCUUUUUUUGCUUCAAUUUUUUGAAGCACAUCGUCUCAGAGAAGUAUUCAGCUGUGAAGAAGCAGAAGAGGAAGAACUCCCAGUUUAAAGACAUGGAGUUCACAGUGGAUGACCUCUGUCAGAUGAAGUCCAGGGACCGGGGCAGCCUCACUAGCCUCAGCAGUGACUUCUCCCUCAUCACGGAGGACUCUGUCGCCACUGCCGCCCCCAGCUCUACCGCCGAGGUGUCCGACCCUUUCUCCAGUGGGCCCCAGGCACCGAUGCCCUGGAGAAAGGGGAGGACGUCUUCUCCACAGACGGUCUUGUGGAACAAGCCCAUCGCCCUGGAUGAGAGGCUGCUGCAUCCCGUCACAGACGGAAAGUCCUCCAGCUCCUCGUCUUCCAACCAGUCCGAGCAGGCCUUUCCACGGGCCGGGAGCAGCCCCCUGGCCGUGCCGGGCCGCAGAUCAGUGGGGGAGUAUGCCCGCUCCGGUUCCUCGCUCUCCACCGAUUACGGGAGCUGGCAAAUUGUGUCUGGCUGCGGAAGUAUCCACGACCAGAACGCCCCCCACCCCACAGAGUCUCCCCUCCCCUUCAGCUUUCAGGAUGAGGGACCCAAUGGCCGGAUGUGCCCCUCUCCGCCCGAACGGCAGGCUCGCCUGGAAGCCGUCCGGGAGAUGUUCCUGGCAGCGUACAGCUCCACGGUGGGGCUCAAGUCAACUGCCCCCAGCCCCUCUGGCGCCAUCUCCGGCUUCCUGGAGCAGUUUGCCCGCGGCGUGGGUCUACGCGGCACCAACACCAUCGUCUGACCGCUUCCCGCCGGCAGAACUCUCCCGGGCAGCGCCGGGCGCCUGCUCUCCCAGCGUCACGGAGGGCCGCGGGGCGGUGGCCUCGUCAUCGCUGGGAACCUCAGCCCGCUUCCCUUUCGCUGCUGGACUCGGUGACAAGUGCCAAGCGUCCAGGAGAAGCACUGCCCCUCCCUUUUAAUUUUUUAAAAAUUUUUUAAGCACCCAGCAUGGUUGUCGGUCCUGAGAUAGAUCAUUUUUUUUUUUUUAAUUUAUACUGUUCUGAUGUUAGUUUUUUUUCUUCCCCCCCCCUUUUUCCCUUUUUUUAAUGCUUGCCUGUGAGAGGAAGCGCCAUGCAGCAUCAGACUGCUCUGGAGGCCAGUGAAGUUGAGGUUCUGGGUCCCGCUUGAAGUGGCCCAAACCUGCUUCAGCUUCCGAGAGCAAAAUUUAAACACUGCACUUUUUCCUUUUUUUCUGAUUUUUGCCGUCUUCCUGGGGAAUUAAAACAAUCGGGGAGGGUGGGUUGGUUAAAAGGCUUAAAUUUAGUACUUAAAUUUAGCAAUAUUACUUUUUUAUGCUGUUUCUGUAGCUCAGAUUUUCCCUUUAGCUGAAAAAAAAAAAAAGAUUAAUUAGGCCAUUCAGAAAGGAAAAGUUUCCGACGACAGCUUACGCAGUAUUAAGUACUCACUGAAAGGUGACUGUCACACAUCAUUUUAAUUUCCUCAGUUAGGAGUAAACAUACACGCACACUGAUUUAAUGAUUUGUGAUUUUGAUAUAAAUGUGGGUGCAAAUACGACUGGAGAUUGGAGAUUCCUUAAGGUGAUUCUCCAAAAGUGACAAAAUGAAAUAAAUACAAAAAACAUGCUGAUAAAUUACAAUGUAAUUAGAACAUUUAUACAUAUUGUAAUCAGAUUUUUUUUAAUUGUUUUAAUUAGUUUAAGGCAACAAAAAGUAUUUAAAAUUUUUUUCCAGCUGCCUGUGAGCUGAAUUGCUACAGAGUCCAUUUUGGGACAUGGCUGAAGUGGUCUUUUCUCUGAUUAAAUGUUUGCACAAGUCUGCGCUGGGGCCAGAGGGCAGCGGCGGGGGUGGGGGGUUGGUGCUGUAUCUGGAUUUUGUUCUCAUUAUCUUCAGAAAGCUCCUCAUUCUGGUGGCCUGGGCUGUGGGGGGAGGUGCCACAGACAGCCUGGCUCUCUGGGCAUCGCCUGCCUGGAAAGGUCAGUGACGACCUGGCUGCCCUCCUACCCCAACCUUGUGUGGCGAGGGCUGGUUUUCAGUUUUCUCAAUCGCAAAAGUGUUCAUACCUUUUACUUGCACUCUUAGGCUCCCCCCCAAGGGAAAAAAACAUAAAUCAACCCCCCCCAAAAAAAAAAAAAAAAAAUUCACAUUACCAAUAGCCAAUAUAGCAGUUGCUUCUGUACAUAACGGUUGUCACUAUAAAUCCACUUGUAGGUGUAUGAGAAUUUAAAUCCGAUAUUACUGGCCUUGGGUAUCAACUGCCAGCUGGGAUGUGAGAACUCAGAGUUAUGCAGCUGACAUCUGCCUCUGGUCUGUCUCUUGACUGGCAGGUUUUUUUCAUCAUAAAUCUGUGUGUUUUUUUUUUUUUUUUUAAACACAUGCCUUUGUGGUUCCCAGCUUGCCCUGGUCUGGUUGCUUCCCUGAUGGGUUGUCUCUGUAUUAUUCUGCAGUUGGAUUGGCUCAGUCUCGAUUCUACCCCCCUCAUCUGUCAACCCAACCCCGUUCUGUUAAGUCUUAACUGUCCUUCCGCGUUUAAACAAGCUGGAAUGAAAUCAAGUAUCUAGUAGUCCGGACAUCUUUGAGGAUUGUGAAGUUGCCAUUAACCCUAGACAUUAUUAGACAGUAAGAUAUUAUACAGAAUUAUACUCUGUAAACUGUAUGAAACAUCACACACUAAAUAUCCCUUAAAAUCUAUCAAUUCUAUUUAAAAUAAGCAUUAUAAUGUAACAAAUCUGGGGACAAUUGCACGUACUGUGUUUCUUACUUAAAACCAUAUCACAUUCUGUAUCCUUACAUUUAUGUUCUGUACAAUAGGAAUGUCACGUUUACUUUAUUUCUGUUUGUAUGUUGAAAUUAAUUUUUAUGGGUUCUCAGUUGGCAUUUUGUUUAACUUUUAUCAGGGAAAAAGUAGUUGAUGGAGAAAGGUAGAUAGUAGAUUGAAAGUUGAAAUAAAAGACGAAUAUAAUUAUAUGAAAAAA